AUGCAUUGUUCUUGUCCUUCUUGUUAUUUAUUAAUGACAGAUAAUAAAGAAGUCUUUUUAUUGAAUAUGAAACAAGAAGAAGAAUCAAUUGAAACUCAUCAUCAUGGUAUCACUUAUUUAUCCUUUUCUAAUAUGGAUUAUCUUAAUCAAGAUGUAUGGUCUAUACAAGAAACAAUCUCUUAUUUUUCAUCACCUUUUAUUAUCAUUGAUGACUCUUCUUCUGAGGAGUCCUUCCCCUUAUUAUCAGAUGAUGACUUACCGCAACAGCAGCAGCAACAACAGCAACAACAACAACAAGAAGAAAGCUCUUUUAGUGUAACAACAACAAGGAAAAAAUUAUAUGCAACUACUAUAACUGAACA